AUGGCCUCCAAACCCUUCCGAGAUAUCAACGUUCAUGCCUCUUCUUCACAUUACGCUUUUACAUCCCCAUCUUCACCCUCUUCGCCCACAUUAGUGAUAGAAAGAUCAUCAGGAAAUAUUCGCCUUAACGAUGGCUUGUUAUCAGGUGGAAAGAGAAUCUCAAGUAUAGCUGGAAUCUUAGGAAUAAUUAAGCUACGCUUAGUUAAUUACGUAGAUAAGUAUAUCAUUGUCAUUACCAAAGCACAGCCAGUUGGUAGAUUGAAAGGUCACACAAUCUACAAAGUGAUUGCUUGCGAAUUUCUCCCACUACGUGAUAGGCCUCUUCAUGAUCACGAUGAAGAUACAUAUCUUACCCUUCUCAAGACAUUUAUUAAGUCUGGGCCAAUUUAUUUUUCCUAUUCCCUAGACUUGACAAAUUCAUUUCAACGGCAGUCGCAGCAGGACUCGUCGGCUCCACUCUGGAAGCGCGCAGAUGACCGUUUUUUCUGGAACAAAUUCAUACAGACCGACCUAAUCGAAUUUAGCAAUUCUGGCUCUCGACAAAACUCUGGGAAGCAGCCCGGUGUUGACCCUUUUAUACUACCUGUCAUAUAUGGAAUGCUUGAAUUAUGUCCGGCACAGAUCAAAGGAAGGUCUUUUACCUUUGGUCUCAUCACCCGUCGAGCAAGGCAUAGGGCUGGUACCAGGUACUUUUCCAGGGGUAUGGACGAGCAAGGAAACACCUCCAAUUACAAUGAAACAGAACAGAUUUUGAUCCUAAAUGACAACGCAUCCGGCCUAGGUGGUUUUGGUGGUAAUGAGCAAAACCUAAAAGAAAAAGUCCGAGGUUCCCAUCAAGAAUCUCAAAUCCUAUGCUAUGUCCAGACAAGAGGUAGCGUUCCCCUUUAUUGGGCAGAAGUUAAUACCCUUCAAUACGUUCCCCGGCUACAGAUUCGUGGAGUUGAGAACGCACUAAAUUCUGCACAAGCUCACUUUGACGAACAGAUUAAAAUUUACGGUGACGUUCACAUCGUGAAUCUGGUCGGCAAAAAAGGUAGGGAGCAAAGAAUCAAGGAAGCAUAUGAGCAAUUGGUAAAGUUGAUUAGCUCCGAUCCUCCUGACGGUAAAGGAAAGUCUAGUCUCAACGGCGUAAAAUUUGGAGACACGGAAUCUAGUUCUCGUUUGAAGUCAAGAGAUCAUAUUCACUACAAUUAUUUUGACUUCCAUGGAGAAACUAAAGGAUCUAAUCUACACCGGAUACAAAUUCUGCUAGAUCAGCUUGGUGAUGUACUGGAAUUACAAAAAUACUUUUGUGGGGUUGACAUGCCAGGUGAUGUAGACCGUCUUGAGGUGCGGAGCCAGCAAAAUUCUGUCUUUAGGACAAACUGUAUGGACUGUCUUGAUAGAACAAAUGUCGUUCAGAGCAUCUUAGCGCGUUACACUCUUAACUGUCAGCUCAUUGACGCCGGUAUUCUCAGUCCUGGAGAGAAAUUCGAGUCUGACGACAAUUUUGAAUUCAUGUUUCGCAAAGUUUGGGCUGAUAACGCUGAUACUGUCUCCAAAUCUUACUCGGGAACAGGGGCUUUGAAAACUGAUCUCACACGAUUAGGGAAACGGACCAAAAGCGGGGCUUUACAGGAUCUGCAGAAUUCAAUAUCGAGAUACAUUAAAAAUAAUUUUCUUGACGGCCCCAAACAAGACGCUUUUGAUCUAUUUUUAGGUAGAUACCACCCGAAGACUGGAUCUUGUCCUAUCUUCAUGGACAAACGACCACUCGUCAUCCAGUCUAUUCCAUACGUACUUGCGUUCAGUAUUUUCUUCGUACUUAUUGGAACCUUCACACCUCGUCUUCCUGACUCGGCGAUCCUCCCUGUGAAGUUAUUUAUUUUAUUUUGGUCUGUCGUCGGAGCAUGGUCCAUAAAUUUUAUUUACAGCAACGGCAUGCUUUAUGUUAAUUGGCCCAAGUUAUGCCCAACCCCAUGGGCAAAUGAUGGUUAUCAGGAAACCUCUAGUAAAAUACGGAAAGACAAAAUAAUUGGACCUUUCGUAACUAGACAUGAACGAGGUCUAAGUGUAGCAAGAUACUCUAAUGCCGAAGAGGGAAAAAAGCGGAUUGAGUAA